AUGGUCAAACCCCUAACCUUCAAAGGCGACAAGCCCCACAAGUCCAAAAAGCGCAAAGCCGACCCCUCCCUCCCGAGCAGCACCGCCAAGAAGCCCACCUCGACACACCCACCAGCAUCCGAACACUCCGGCGCCAAUGAUGACGAGAACCCCGAGGACCAAUCGUGGGUCUCCGCCGACGUGCCCUCGGACAUCGCCGGCCCGAUCCUCCUCGUCCUCGCCAGCCAACCGCCGACGUGCAUCGCCAGCGACGCGCACGGGAACGUCUUCGCCUCCGACCUCGAGAACCUCAUCGAGGGGGACCCCAGCACGGCGGAACCGCACGAUGUGCGGCAGGUGUGGGUGGCGACGAAAGUGGCGGGCGUGGAGGGGUGGAGUUUUAAGGGGUCGCAUGGGCGGUAUCUAUCGAGCGACAAACACGGCAUCCUGAGCGCAACCUCCUCCGCAGUCUCGCAUUACGAAACCUUUAAUGUCCACCCCGCCGCGGUGCCGCGCACGUUCUCCAUUCAGACGGGCACCAGCGAGUCCGAGGAGAGCACCUUCAUCAGUGUGGCGGAGGUACCCUCGAAGACGACGGCGUCCGGGGUGAAGCUCGAGGUGCGCGGGGAUACGGGGACGCUGUCAGCGGAUACGAACGUCCGGAUACGGAUGCAGGCGCGGUUCAAGCCCAAGAUCAAGGCCAGUAAGGAGAUCAAGGCGCGGGAGAAGGUCAGUCGGAAGGAGUUGGAGGGGAUCGUGGGGCGGCGGCUGGAGGAGGAUGAGGUGCGGAGGCUGCGCAAGGCGAGGAGGGAGGGCGACUUCCAUGAGGUAGUGCUGGAUGUGAGGGUGCGGGGGAAGCAUGAUAAGUUUGCUUGAGCCCGGUCUUGGGUUUAUGAAGAAUAUAUCUGAUGUGAGUUGGAGCUUUAGUGCUGAUCUAUAAUCAGUCAUAUAUCAAUCAAUUCGCAUAUAUCCUGCU